GGCACUACAUAGGUCAGUAUCGUUUUAGUAGUUUCUGCACAGUUGCAGCGAGUGGAUAUCAGGAGUGAGGAGUUAAAGAGAUGAUUUUUUGGUUCACAGUGUUGCCGGGAACACAGCGACCGACGCCACGCACCAGCAUAUGGCAAAUGACCAUAUACGAACGGCUCAACGCCGCCACUUUCCUAGAGCAUACCACCGUCACGCCAUUCUUUUAUCAGCAGGCGAAUUUCAAAUGCUUUUACUGCUCACAAAUCUUCCCAGAAGUCAACUCAGUCUUAAAGCAUACAACAUUACAUUCAGUGCCCGAUAGAUCCACUUUACUGAAACAGUAUUUGAGAAAAGGCAAACGGGUUAUCAAAGUAGAUAUUUCCGCUCUGAAAUGCAGGCUUUGCGAUCAGAAGCAUUCAGACCUUGAUGAUAUCAGAAAACAUUUAGCUGCAAUACACAAUCAAGAGUUUAAUACUGCAGGGAAUGGUCUAAUGGCUUAUAAUCUGAGUAUAACCAAAGGUCUUCUAUCAUGUCACAAGUGUGGGAAGACUUUCAACUCAUUCUUCCUUCUCAACAGACAUAUGAAUGUCCACUUCAGCGUCGUAUGCGAAACAUGUGGCCUUGGCUUCAUAUCUCACCAACGUUUGAUCAACCAUCGCAUAGUCCACCAAAAUGGGGUACACAAAUGCGACAGGUGUCAAGAAGUUUUCCCAACGAAAUUAAAACUUAGAUAUCAUUUAUUUAAAAAGCACGAAGAACCAAAUUCGAAGAAAAGUAAACCGUUGAAAUGCCCGCAUUGCUUGGAAAGGUUUUCCGAGCACUACAGGAAGAUGACGCAUUUGAAAGAAGUGCAUGGGAUAACUUUUACAUUUGACUGUCAAGUUUGUAAAACUAUAUACCCCACGCGAAGAGCUUUGACAGAGCACACAACGAAACAACAUACUCAGACUAUACAGUGUAAAGUAUGUGGCAAAUGUUUUGGGACGAAAUCCUUGUUGAAGAUGCAUAUGCGAGGGCAUACAGGCGAGCGGAAUUUCUAUUGCACGGUAUGCCACAAGGCUUACAUGCAUGAAAGGACGUUAAAGGAACAUAUGAGGGUACACGGCCCAGUCUGGAAGUUCACUUGUACGGAAUGUGGGAACGGGUUUCACAACCGCAACGAUUAUAAUAAUCAUGUCAAGCAGUGGCACCCUCAGUGGCAGUUUAGGACUAUUGUAAAGAACUUUGGUACUGGAGUAAUAAGUUAG